CAUGGUCAAUCAUUUUACGCUUUGCUCUUCAUUGUUUAGUUAAUUUUUUCUUCUGUCUGUUUAGUUUAUUUUAUAUCAUUUUUGGUAACUUUACGUAUGCUAUUAAAAAAUGUCCCAAUACUUUUAUACUAUUUUGCUAAUUUUUACAUUAAUAACUUUAAUACAAUGCGGAAAACAAUUUCGACUUGGUCGAAGUAAAGGUGGUAACUUAGGAGCACCGGCUGGAGGCGAAAAUCAGAAAAUUCAUGAUUUACCUCCUAAACAAUGGUUUAAACAAAAACUAGAUCAUUUUUCUGCGACAGACACAAGAAUAUGGAAACAACGAUAUUUUGUUAAUGAAAGCUUUUAUGAUUUCAAUAAUCCUGGACCAGUUUUUCUUAUGAUUGGCGGAGAAGGUCCAGCUGAUGCAAGAUGGAUGGUGAAAGGUGCUUGGAUAGAAUAUGCCAAAAUUUUUAAAGCAAUGUGUAUACAAUUAGAGCAUCGCUAUUAUGGAGAAAGUCACCCUACUACGGACAUCAGCACAAAAAAUUUGCAGUACCUCUCUUCACAGCAGGCACUUGCAGACCUAGCAUAUUUUAUAAACAAAAUGAAUGAUAAGUAUAAGUUCAAUAAACAAGUGAAAUGGGUUGCAUUUGGUGGAUCCUACCCAGGUUCCUUGGCAGCUUGGUUGCGGCUCAAGUACCCACAUUUAGUUCAUGCCUGUAUAUCUUCCAGUGGACCAUUGCUUGCAAAAGUUAAUUUCAUGGAAUAUUAUCAGGUUGUUGUGAAUGCAUUAAGAGAAAAAACUGGUGGUGAAGAAUGUGUUACACAGUUAAAACUAGCUCAUCAACAGAUUAAAUCUAUGAUGAAAACAGAUCCAGAAACUGUUGAAAAGGAAUUUAGGGUCUGCAAGCCUUUCUCUAAAGCUUCCAAAAAUGACAUCAAGAACUUUUAUAACUCCAUCGCAGAUGAUUUCGCUGGUCUCGUUCAAUACAAUGAAGAUAAUCGAAUGAGUGCUGAUAUGCGUUAUAAAAAUUUAACUAUAAAUACGGUGUGCCAAAUGAUAACAGAGCCAAGUGGUAAGCCAGCAUAUCGUAAGCUGGCAGCUUUCAAUUCCAUAAUAUUAGAAAAAUCAAACCAAACAUGCUUGGACUACAGCUACGACAAUAUGAUUGAAGAACUAAGAAAUGUUACUUGGGGAUCAGAAGGAGCUCGUCAGUGGAUGUACCAGACCUGUACGGAAUUCGGUUUUUACCAAACGUCGUCAGGUGAAGUGGAAGUGUUUGGUGAUUUCUUCCCGCUCAGUUUCUUCAUUCAACAAUGUCAAGAUGUAUUUGGACCGAAAUUUGACGCCGGCUUCGUUAGCGAGGUCGCGGACUCUACGAACAACUGCUACGGUGGUCUAACCAUAGGUGUGAAGCGAGUCGCGUAUGUUCAUGGAUCGGUGGAUCCCUGGCACGCCCUCGGAAUGACGACUACAGAAGAAGAGGAUGCGCCUGCCAUCUUCAUCAAAGGGACGGCGCACUGUGCGAACAUGUAUCCUCCGAGCGCCUCUGACUCUGCUCAACUGGUAGAAGCACGGACUGAAAUUCGUCAGUACCUCGAAUUAUGGCUGAACCUUCCUUGACGCUCUGGCAUCACGAGGCUCUGAAGAAUAGGUUAGCUCCUUGUCACGUGGGGUCUACGACAUCAUCUUACGUAACGUCUUCGUUCAGGGCAACUUUAUCGACGACAGAUUUCGAAUUUAUUUUAUGUAUCUAUUUCGAUGUUUAUUUAAUAUUCGAUGUUAUUAUAUUUAUGGAUCUGAUAUAAGUGCGCAUUUACAUAUAUCGAAUACAAUACGUUUCGCCGUUUGUAUUCGGUGGGCGGGACGGAGACUAUCGUACACCAAAGUGCUUCACGGAGCACUCGGGUGCGGUAGUAUUUGUUCACGAGGAAUAUACAUCUUCUGUUUGGGCUCGCUGUAAAGUUCACGAUCACGAAGAGUUUUGCCUUAUUGGGAAAAAGUUGGAUGCUCUAACUUCUCAAAGCAGACAUCUUAGACGCAGAGUUGACAGUCUGUAUGUCAAAUUUGUAAACCGCCAAUUUAUAGAAGUGGGGUCUUAUUACUAGUACCCGCCAAUUUGCUAAGGAGUAUAGAGUAUAAUUCGAGAUAAGAAUGUAAAAGGCAGGGUACACGCGGACGGUAACUGUUGGAUUAUUUUUAAAUGAAAAGUUGACAUCGACGGGAUACAGAAGAUAAUAUAUGAGGAUUAGGCGAAGAAAAAAAUUAAAUUGUAGCAAUGGACUUUGUGCCAUUUUAAUUAAAUAUAAAUUAAAUUAUUUUUCAAAUUAUUAUGAACAUAUCUCUUACCUAAUUUAUAUUUUAAUGUAUUGUAUUAUUAAACGUUUAGCGGAUGAAUACAUACCAUGUCGAUACACAUUCCUAAAACAUAUAUAACUCCGAUCGACGUAGAUGCGCAUUUAUGGCAAUAGUCAUUAAUUACAGACUGUGUGAAUUUAAAGGUAUUAUGGGAACGGUCAUACAGGUGACGGUUUUAACUAAUCAAUUACAUUAUUAGUAUAGAAUAUAGAUGCUUACGUUCUCACAGUCGAAAGAAACGGUUGAGAGUCACUUUACACCACAUUCAGAUCGGACCUAAAGAAUUGCAAAAAUUGGACAUUUACGGGAAAAUUCAACACAAUAAAGAGAUUAGCAUACUUUCUCUGAUUCUUUCGAUCCGUGUUAAUGCUAUUCGCCACAUUUCAGAGGAAAUGUCUUAGGGAAGGAUCUUGGAAAUACAUUUUCAGAGAAUGGCAUAUAUACUCUUGAUUGGACUAGAUGUUGUGAUGGCGUUUUGGAUCGCGAUGUUCAGACGGCGCAAGUUUGCUGCAGUUGAGAAUGUCUGUCGGAUCAACUUUAUUAUUCUUACACGAUCGCGGUCAAGCCCUUAUAUUAACAGCUUGGAUGUUCGGAAACUGUUUUAUUGACGCCAAAUGUGACGUUAAAUUUACCGAUUGAGACGACUGACGAGUCUGUGUUAUUUACUUUGGCCAAUCGAGUUGGAGUAAAUAGCAUGGCGCUUGUCUUCCCGGACUUGACGAUUAAAAACAAGUGCUUGCUCCCGUUAAUUAAGAAAACAUAUAAAUGCGAAGAUACUCACCAAAGGAAUUUUGCCUUAUUUACAAUUUAAUAUUUCUGACUUCAAAGAAAACUCGCUUAGCAAUAAUUAUUAAUUACGACAAAUUUAUUGUCGAGAAGUAGCUGAUUCCCGAAAUUCGGUAUAGUUUAACAUUUAACAUAAUUGGACGGACUAUCAUAAUUUUCGCCAGAUAUACAUUUAUACACGAUUAUUUACUGAUAUAUAUGUGUCGUAUUUUUGAGAUGUUUGUUCAUGAUUCAUGGCAGUCGCAAUGGUCAAACGGUCAUGGGCAAAUCGUGUUUUUUAUACAUAAUAAUACAAAAAUAUGCGGUAGGACGGGUACAGAGAGGGAUUCAUACAAUGACUCGACGCUGCCAAUAAUGUUUGUUGAUCGAAGCGCGGACGGCUGCGUCGGACCGUUGUAUGCCCUCAGUUCGGAUCGUAUGAACAAAGCGAAACUCAUAGACCUCUAUAAAAGCAAUAACUGUUGUGUGUAUUUUGUUCGGAUUACUUUUGUCAUUCGCAAUAUAUUAUAACAGCAACCUAGAAACUACCUCAUGGUGCUCACGGUUAGGUUUCAGGAUCUCCUCGGCCACCCGGCCAAUACACCUUUUCACGGCUAUUUGGAGGCGAUCUCGGAAACUGGACGCGCUUUAUAAAUAUAGAUUAUUUUUUUAAUAUCGAUUAACACUCCGCUCUUGACAUCUGGAGUGAUACACAACGAGAGUAUUUUUACAAGUCAGCGAAGUAUUCUGUAAUCAAACAAUAUUAUAUAAAUUCAUGACGUUUUUCGUUGGUUUAGAUCUAAACACGACGCCGUCGCGUUUUAUUUCGGCGACAUUUGAUUAUUUUCAAAUUAUAUUACAUCGCUGCUCAAUAAAUUAACGAAUUAUAUAUUUAUUUUGAUUUCACUUCAUUUUCGAAAAAUGUCGGCGCCGUGUUUUGUUAGUAAAUUAUUAGCAACGUCGAACAGUAUGUGCCUUAAAAAGGAAAUAUUAUUUUAGAGCGCUUUGUAUGUGUACAGACAGAUUAGUAGAGUUUAGCAAAGUUAUAUGACGACGUUAUUUUUAAGAGAAAACGAUAGAUUAGAUUUAUUAUUUAACGAUGUAUGAGUAGAUAGCAUCCGUAUUGAUGUUUGUACACAGACAAUGCACACCGUUACAAGUAAGCGAUAUGGCGAAUAUUGUGAUAUGCUAUGCGAGUUCCGUGCACUAGUCGAUAGCCGACCGACACCGGCCGUGACACAUACCCCGGACUUGACUUUAUGGUAUUUUUCAUUUCCACCGGCAUAAUCGCUCUUUACUCAAUGUGUGGAUAAAGUCUAGGUUUAACAUCUCGCAGCUGAUCCGUUGACAGUUUCGUAGUUCUCCGGAGUACUUAGAGUUCAUUACGUUGCGUGGUUUAGGGUACGUGCCUUAGUUUAUUAUAGUGUAGUUUAUGAAAAUAUCAUCAGCCGGUCGCGAUUCACCAUCCAGAGGGCCCGGAGACUUACCCAACUGUCAGUUAUAAUGAGUGCCUCAAGGUUUAACUGCGGCGAUCCAUUGAGUAACAGAGCACAAAUUGGUCAAUUUUAAUUUUAAUAUUGAUUUCGUUGAGUUAUCUUACGAUUAGCGACCAUUUGUUCAAGUGUUAGUUACAUUUUCUAUGAUAAUUUAAUGAUGAGUUCGUGUACGUGUGAUCAUCAGUUAAUUACUUUAUGAUGCGGUUUGAAGUUAUAUAAUGGUCUGACUUAAUACUAUCAGUGCGCAGGCGUCAUCUAACUGGAAGAACAGACGAUUUUAAAUAACUUCAGAUCAUUUUUCAUUAGUAUACAUACUUUAGUAAAAUAUGAAUGCUGUACGAAAUCGUCAAUAACAGUUUCAAUACAUAUUAAGAAUGAGACGAAAGGGCUAACGAAGUGGAAUGAUUUUAUUUCAACGGUAAGAUGUCUAGUUUCAUGUAGCUGUUUCGGAGGAUGGAUGUUUAUAAGUAGCAGAUUUGAGCAAAGAUUUGACGAGAAAGACGUAUUGGUAUUUACUAUUGAGCAGUCCGAGCAAUUGAAACUUGACAUUAAGUUCCUAAGUUGUAUUUGAAGUUCGAUCCGACAGAAUAUUUUCAACAUUGAUGAUUGAUCCUUUUUAAAACUCACCCGCACUAAGUUUAAUCGCUUGUGUUAUGAUUUAAUAAAUAAAAAAUGAAAUUCAUUGGUUACAUAUGUUACGUUUCGAAAUAUGUUAUUUGAUUGAAAUGUUUAUGAUAUGUUGUCUACUUAAGUUACGCCACUUUGUAAGAAUAUCAAUAACACGUUCCGCUGGUACUGAUGUUAUACUCUUACGUACCGACAGUAAUCUAGGGACGUAAUAUUCUUAUUCACAUACACAAUAAGGAUCGGGAAAUGUGAGCAAAGUAACAGAGCGAUUAGUCUUUAGAUAUCUACUUUGAAACAAAUAUGAAUAUAUAAUCUCAUAGUAUAAUGGUGGGGCAGCCCACGCUAGUGUUGUGUCCGCGAAAGGAGAUGGUGUCGCUGGAUUUUAGAAGGAGGAUUUUUUAGGGUCAAUGCUGUUUGUCGUUGUUUGGUGCGUUAACCUAUACAAGAUUCCGUUGUUGUGAGCGCUCGCAGUUCAUAUUCAAUGUCGACCUGAAUCGUAUACGUCUACAUGACGUCUGAGUACCUAUUCGAGCCGAUGCGAGCUCUUUCUGAUUGUCAUGUCACGAGCUUUUGAUACGUUGGAUUUUUCGAACGAUGAGGGGAAAUACGAAGGCUAAAUUAUAUACGUCCCGAGCCGAAAGUUGGAUUUAAUAUCCGGAAAAAGGAAUUAAAUGAAAGUAUCAAAUUACAAAAUUGGUUUCACUGGUUCACAGGUCGGACAUAUUCCCCCGACACAACACAGCGUGGAGACUUAGGAUAAUUUAAUUAUACGAAUAUGUAUCGCAAUAUAUCGAUGAUCGAUAUUCUGUACUUUCUUCUUCUAUUAAGAAACUACAGAUCUGUAACACCUUACUCUGGACCUCACCAUGGAGUGUUUCCACCAAUUUAUUAAUUUAAACAACUUUUGGACAUGGCCUACUUGCUUUUUAUACUUGUAUUAAUUAUAAAUUUCAAUAAUUUUAAGUCUAAGUUUUUAUAAAUAUUCUUUGAAAUAAAAAUGUUUUUCCUAAAUCAUUUAAUGUGUACUUCAGAUUUAAUUUUCUUUUAUAUUUCUGUAUCAUAAGAUCUAGUAUAACGAUUUUUCCUAUUUAACAUCUGAGUGUCUAUAACCGACUUAGUGAAUAAGUACGAAGGUUUCACUCAUGACUUUGAAAAUAACUUAACCAACUAACAAAACAGAAUUUCAUACAGAAAUUCGAAGAUUUCUCAUUAAAUUCAAAGACUUGAGUGAAAGCAUUUUAUCUUUAAAAGUAAUAUAACCUAUCGAUUAAAGAGAGGAAUUAA